GGUAUUUAACAUUCUGCCCUGGACAGCCGCAGGUUGUUGCGCAAGCGCAGCCCUUUCACCGUGCAUGAAUACGGAGUGAGGAGAGGACAGCAACUCGCGGGGACUACUGGGACUCUGCAACGCUGGGACUUGGGUCAACACUGCAGACUUGAUGGACCGAACCGGACCCGGGAAGAAGGCGGACAAGAUGGAUGGGCACAACGGCAUGAACAGCAUCAGUCCCCGGCCACAUCAUCGGGCAUCAUCCGCAUCCGAGACCAGGAGGAAGAAGACCAAGAAAGUCCCGGAUAAAGUGACUUUGAAGAAGGAGAUUGGACUGCUGAGUGCUUGCGCCAUCAUUAUAGGGAACAUCAUCGGCUCUGGGAUCUUCAUCUCUCCCAAAGGUGUCCUGGAGCACUCGGGCUCGGUGGGGAUGGCUCUUAUUGUGUGGGUGCUGGGAGGGUGCAUCGCCGCCCUGGGCUCUUUGUGCUAUGCUGAGCUGGGGGUCAGCAUCCCCAAAUCUGGAGGAGAUUAUUCCUAUGUGACUGAGAUCUUCGGAGGACUUAUGGGAUUUCUGCUGCUGUGGAGUGCUGUGCUAAUCAUGUACCCCACCACUCUGGCUGUGAUCGCUCUCACCUUCUCUAGCUACGUCCUGCAGCCCGUGUUCCCAAACUGUGUUCCUCCAUACAUGGCCACACGCAUGCUGUCUGCCACCUGUCUAUUGCUACUGACGUGGGUGAACUGUUGGAGUGUUCGAAUGGCUACCAGGAUCCAGGACAUCUUCACUGUGGGCAAACUGGCAGCUCUGGGACUCAUCAUUGUGGUUGGCCUCGUGCAGAUCUGUCACGGACACUACGAGACUUUGACUCCACAGGUGGCCUUCACCUUUGACAAGACUGUGUCAGUAGGGCAGAUGGCGCUAGCAUUUCUUCAGGCCUCCUUUGCUUUCAGCGGAUGGAACUUCCUCAACUACGUCACAGAAGAAGUGGUGGAGCCCCGACGGAACCUGCCACGUGCCAUUUACAUCUCCAUCCCAUUGGUGACCCUUGUGUACACGCUCACCAACAUCGCUUACUUCUCCUCCAUGACCCCAGAAGAACUGCUCUCCUCCAAUGCUGUGGCCGUAACAUUUGGAGAGAAGCUGCUGGGCAUGUUCUCAGUCCUCAUGCCCAUCUCUGUGGCUCUUUCCACAUUUGGAGGGAUUAACGGUUACCUGUUCACAUCAUCCAGAUUAUGUUUUUCCGGAGCCAGAGAGGGUCAUUUGCCGAGUCUACUGGCAAUGAUUCAUUACAAGAAGUGCACACCUAUCCCUGCCCUGCUGGUCUGCUGCGCUGCCACCAUCGUUAUCCUCUGCAUUGGUGAAACACACAAUCUCAUCAACUACGUGUCCUUCAUCAACUACCUGUCAUACGGCGUGACCAUCGCAGGCCUGGUGUACUACCGCUGGAAAAAGCCCUACCUCUAUCGUCCUAUUCAGGUGUCAGUGCUGGUGCCAAUCUGUUACCUGCUGUUCUGGGCACUGCUGCUAGGCUUCAGUCUGUACUCGGAGCCCGUGGUCUGUGGGGUGGGGCUUGUUAUCAUGCUCACUGGUGUACCGGUCUACUUUCUGGGAGUCCACUGGAAAGAGAAGCCUAAAUGCAUCCUUGACUUUGUUGAGAGAGCCACACAUUUGGGCCAGAGGUUGUGUUUUGUGGUGUUUCCUCAGAUGGACCCCAUCGAGACCCCUCCUCCUGACAGAAGACGGUCUUCAGCGCGAAGCAGCUUCUCGUUCCAUUUAUAAAGACUUUGUGCACCUCUGGGCUAUACAAGCCUCUCAGACUUUUACUGGAUCUGCCUGUUUUAAGCUCAGGCCACUUGAACUUCACCGUCUCACCACACACUGUGAAAAAUGACCACAGAGUAUAUUUUUCUGUGGACCCUGAGGAAGAUAUGUGGCAUUUCAAUGAAUAAUUGUGUCAUAUUUUUCUGAAUUAUGGUUUACUGUGCAUUUGGGUAUUUCAUGUAUUUUCUGAAACACCUAUGCCCCAAACCAGUGAUGGAUAUGCAGAAUGUAAAUGUGUACAUUAAAGAAUUCUUACUUAGACUGAAUUAGACCGUAUGUGAAACUAGACAUGAGAAUACACUGUAGUACUUCGUACUGAACGGUAUGCACAAAAAAUACCAGGACUCUUCAAAAUUGCACAAUUUAUUUUUUUCAGAAUGUAGGUCUUCAAUGAAGAAAUCUGCUGUACAAACUCUUGUGUAAUGUGUAAUACUAAAAUAAUUAAUGUACUUCUUUAUAUUUUAAUAUAUUGAGUGCCUUGUGAAAUAUAACUUGAUGUGCAUUUCAAUAGUAUGUAUUAUUUUUUUUCUUAAAAUGCUUUUAGAUCUUUUUGUACUCACAAAGGAAGGUUCAACUUAUCUUAAUCUACAUGUGUGUGCUGUUUACUUGAGCCUCUGCCAUCUACACCUCAUACUUCUGUUCUGAGUAUUUCCUAAAAAAAAACAUAAAAAGACUUGUUUUAUAAUUAUAAA